GUGAUAACAACUGUGCGUAGCUGCAAGGGUGUCGCAGUUUUGGAUUCAGCUAACUUCGUAAUUCAGCAGCAGCAUCGCCCUGAAGGAAGUGUAGCCAUGGCGCUGGGACUCAAAGAGAGAUUUGAAAACUUUCUACACGAAAAGAACCUCAUGACAGAUGUAUUGGCCAAAAUAGAGGCAAGAACUGGGGUGAGCAGAACGUACAUCGCAUUGGCUGUCAUUGGUAUAGUCGCAGUUUACUUGGUCAUUGGUUACGGGGCCUCCCUGCUGUGUAACCUCAUCGGUUUUCUUUAUCCAGCCUACAUAUCCAUCAAAGCCAUCGAAAGUGCCACCAAGGAGGAUGACACUCAGUGGCUGAUUUACUGGGUGGUGUAUGGAGUGUUCAGCGUGGCCGAGUUCUUUGCGGAUAUCUUUCUCUCCUGGUUCCCAUUCUACUAUAUUGGGAAGUGUGCCUUUUUAGUGUGGUGCAUGGCUCCAAGCUCUUCAAAUGGUGCUGCCCUCAUUUACAACCGCAUCAUUCGACCAUUUUUCCUCAAGAAUGAGGCCAAAAUUGAUGAUGUGGUACAGAACUUGAAAGACAAGGCAUCAGACGCUGCUGGGAAGAUUAAAGAUGAAGCUAAAAAAGCUACAGCGAACCUCAUCUUCGAAGAGAAAAAGAGCACCUAAGCAGCUUGUUUCCGAAUGCCUCUGGAGCGGACCCUUUAUGCUAAAUAUGUUGCCUUGGAAUACUUUUUAAAGACAUUUUGUCUUCUUAACCUAAAGUAACUGUUACUUUCAUGUGUAAAGAUAAGCCAUUUCCCAGUUGAUUUAUUUAAUGUCGUCUUUCAAGACAGAUUUCAAGUUUGUCUUCUGUUGCCUGGUGCAGACUGAAGUAAAUAAAAAAGUUGCUCAAGUGGU